CCGCGCAGGUUUGGGAAAGGAGGGAAGCGACAGCGGAGGUUGGUCGGUAAGGUGUACGGAGAAAAAGGAGGGUGUGAAAUUUGCCAUGUCUCUAUCCCAGCAAGAUCUGAAUUUAGAGGAUGCCAAAGAACAACUCUUAGAAGAGUGUGAAGGGAUAUGGAAGCAAGUGGAAGAGUGCCAGAACAAAUUAACAUUUCAAGAAAUAGAAACUGUUCCAGCUACUGAUCCCAAGCUGUCUUUGUUACUGCACCGAAUGAAGGCUCUAACUGCAGAGUUCAACCAGUGGCAAAAAAGAACACCAGAAAUAAUUACCACAAAUCCAGAUGUUCUGGUAGCAUUAGGAAAAGAUCAGUUGCAGAGAUUAGAUCAUGAUCUUGAAAUGAUUUUAUCAACUGUCCAUGCAAAGAAUAAAAAGCUGAAUGAAGACUUGCUAAGGGAACAGCAGUGGCUAGAGGAACAGCAGCAGCUAAUAGACUGCCUUGAUCAAACAGAGAAAGAAAUAAGCAAUCAAGUUGUACAGUUUUCUGAGAAAAGAGCCUUUCAAGAACUGAAAAGUAAAAUGCUGAAAAUAAAAGCCUAUAAGGAAGAGCUCUUGAAUGCCCUCGGGGAGUUCGUUGAAAAACACUUCCCUCUCCCUGAAGAUGAUGGAAUUCAAAAAAAAAAGACACGUUCAUCUAGAGAGGAAGAUGUACAACUGAUAACACUGCAUGAAAUUUUAGAGAGCCUUAUCAAUACACUAAUAAAUAAACCACAUGAUCCAUAUGUAACAAUAAACAAUUCAUUUUGGUCACCUUAUAUUGAACUUCUGCUACGGUAUGGCAUUGCAUUAAGACACUUAGAAGAUCCCAGCAGAAUACGUCUAGAAAACUUUUAUGACUAAGGAAAGAAGUCACCACCUUGUCAGCAACAAUAAAGUUGAAUUGAAUUGAAUUGACUGCUCUUUUGUGAAAGACAACAUACGUAGCAUAGAGUGUACAAACCAGUGUUUGAAUGUGACAUUGCAGCUGUUAUUUUACCAUUAUUUUUGUUUCAACUAAUAAAUAAUGUUUGUGUUUUAAAAACUAGACUGUUAAGACAAACUCAAAUUAAAGGACUGUUUUGCAUUGA